AUGCACAAAAUCUACCGAGGGCUCACGGUUGGUGGCGCGGAGGAAGCGUUUGACGCCGCAUAUCGCAACACUGACUACAUCGUCUACAAGCUGGAUGACGCGCUGCGCAUCAAUGAGCACUCGCAAACAUUUGACGAACUGCUCCGCAAGCAUGGCGCCAAAUUGUGCAUCUUCCUCACCGCUUGGAAUCCAAAAUCGCAAGAGUUCAGCCGCGCCGAGAACGACAAGCGCAAUGAGGAGCUCGUUGCGCGCGUCAAGCACCUGGGAGGCUUCCUGACGCUUGCAGGUGAGGGCAAGGCGCGCACCGGCGACUGGCCGCCUGAGCACUCGGAGGCGGCGAACCAGCUGAGCAACAAACUUUCGCACGCUCAGCACCUGGACGAGGUCACAUGGACCACCAAGAACUGGCACGGGCUGCAGAUGCAGCGCUUGUCUGUCGUCCUCCACACCGCCGUGGCGUGGCAGACGGUGAACGAGCUAGCGUGCGGGGAGAGCGGCAUUGUGCAUGGUGCGGAGUGCAUUGCCGUUCUUAACGGAGUCGCUUAG